UGCACUACACAGGGCAUGACGUAGCGCGUCUCUGGGUCAGGCUCGAUGGCGCAUGCGUAGGGCAGGUGGGGUGAUUUGGGACUGGACCCGCGCUCUCGCCCUCUCUCCCUCUGUUUGUACUUCCUCCACACCGGGCUGUUAGACAGCAGGCAGGAAGCGGUAGGCCUGACUGAAGCCUCGGGCUGGCGUGAUGUCGGAGCCCAAAGCGGCCGCUCCGGCGCCCGGAGACACCUACAAGGGCUGGCUGUUCAAGUGGACCAACUACAUCAAGGGAUACCAGCGGCGAUGGUUCGUCCUGAGCAACGGCCUGCUGUCCUACUACAGGACGCAGGCGGAGAUGGGACACACGUGUCGAGGGACGAUAAACCUGGCCACGGCCAACAUCGCGGUGGAGGACUCGUGCAACUUCGUCAUCUCCAACGGCGGGGCGCAGACGUACCACCUGAAGGCCAACUCGGAGGUGGAGCGCCAGCGCUGGAUCACAGCCCUCGAGCUCGCCAAGGCCAAAGCUGUGCGCUUACACGCCGAGUCAGAUGACUCCGGGGACGAGUGCGCAUCCUCUCCACCCAUGACCGGUCAGGGUGUUGGCGCUCGGAACUCCGAGGUCCAGUCCACGCUCAGAACACUGGGAAGCAAAGUAGAGGACCUCAGCACGUGCAACGACCUCAUAGCCAAGCACGGCUCCGCUCUCCAAAGGUCCUUGUCCGAACUGGAGAGCAUCAAACCGGGCGGAGAGACGAGCGAUAAAAUCCGUCAGGUGACAGAGAGGGCCACGCUGUUCCGCAUCACGUCCAACGCCAUGAUCAACGCGUGUCGGGACUUCCUGGCGCUGGCUCAGGCUCACAGUAAGCGCUGGCAGAAGGCCCUCCAGGCCGAGCGGGAGCAGAGGGUUCGUCUGGAGGAGACGCUGGAGCAGCUGGCCAAGCAGCACAACCACCUGGAGAGGGCGUUCAGAGGAGCCACCGUGCUGCCCUCAUCAUCCAGUAACAUCAUGGCCGACAUCAAGGUCUCGGCCGGGGUGAAGGGCGACGCCAGCGAUGAUGACGAGAACGAGUUUUUCGACGCGUGUGAGGAGUUUAUCACCGUCCCAGCCGACCCCAAAUACCACAGGAGGUCGGGCAGUAACGUUAGCGGGAUCAGCAGUGAGAUGGGCAUGGACGACGGCACCGCGUCGCUGGACGAGCAGUCUCUGGCGUCCAAUUCGGAAUCUCCCCAGUCGCAGGAGGUGGAGCCGGUGAGGAAGAGGCGGAGCCGGAUCCCAGACAAACCCAACUACUCGCUCAACCUCUGGAGCAUCAUGAAGAACUGCAUCGGCAAAGAGCUCUCCAAAAUCCCCAUGCCUGUGAACUUCAACGAGCCGAUCUCCAUGCUGCAGCGUCUGUCCGAGGAUCUGGAGUACUCCGAGCUGCUCGACCGCGCCGCCAAGUGUCAGAGCUCCCUGGAGCAGCUGUGUUACGUAGCCGCCUUCACGGUCUCGUCCUAUUCCACCACCGUACACCGCACGGGGAAACCCUUCAACCCACUGCUGGGGGAGACCUUCGAACUGGACCGCCUGCAGGAGAGCGGAUACAGGUCCCUCUGUGAACAGGUGAGUCAUCAUCCUCCUGCUGCGGCUCAUCACGUCAUCUCCGAUCGAGGCUGGACCCUGAGGCAGGAAAUCACUGUGGCCAGCAAGUUCAGGGGCAAAUACCUCUCCAUCAUGCCCCUCGGUUCUAUUCACUGUAUAUUUGAGAAGGGUAAUAAUCAUUACACCUGGAAGAAGGUGACCACCACAGUUCACAACAUCAUCGUAGGAAAGCUGUGGAUAGACCAGUCAGGAGAGAUCGAUGUGAUAAACCACAGAACAGGAGAUCGCUGUCACCUGAAAUUUGCUCCCUACAGCUACUUCUCCAGAGACGUGGCCAGGAAGGUGACGGGUGUGGUGACUGAUAAGGACGGUAAAGCUCACUAUGUCCUCUCGGGGACGUGGGAUGAGAAGAUGGAGUGUUCGCGUGUGAUGCAGAGCACCCGAGGAGGAGAGAACGGGGCGGAGGGACGCCAGAAAACCGUCUACCAGACGCUCAAAGCUCGAGAACUCUGGAAGAAAACUCCUCUUCCAGACGGAGCGGAGAACAUGUACUACUUCUCAUCGCUAGCGCUGACCCUGAACGAGCCCGAGGAGGGCGUGGCCCCCACGGACAGCCGGCGACGCCCAGAUCAGAGACUGAUGGAGCAGGGGAUGUGGGAGGAGGCUAACAGCGAGAAGCAGCGGCUGGAGGAGAAGCAGCGCACCGUGAGGAGGGAGAGGGAGAGGGAGAGGGAGGCGGCUCAGCUCGCCAACACUGAGGACAGCGAGAGUGUCCCUCAGGAGAACUACAAGGCGCUCUGGUUCGAGAGACAGGACGACCCGAAGACCGGAGAGGCCACGCACGUCUACAGCGGGGGUUACUGGGAGGCUAAAGAGCAGGGCGACUGGAGCGCCUGCCCCGAUAUCUUCUGAGGGAGCGCUGACCACGCCCCCACAGGCCCCGCCCCCUCCCCCACCCCGCCUUUACAGUGGACUAUUCCAACAUCAGCAACCAGGACAUGAUGCAUCACAUCCCCUCCCCCUGCUGGAACACUGGACGGACUUCCUCAUCUCUCCGUCCUCGCUGACUGUAGCCCCGCCCAUUCACACCCCGUUACCCCUCCCUCGGUCUAAUUCCAAAGGCUCCUGUUACGGUCCUGUUCACUUCCCGUCCUCCUCCUCCUCCCCCGUCAGUGUUAACGACUCUGAGGAUAACGGGCGUGUCUUCCACAGUGGGCGUGGCCUGUACGGGCGUGGCCCAUCAGAUAUCAGACGGAGUACUCUUUAUCUGCGUUAAACAACUGGAAGAUGACGAAGGACGUGGAUUAUGAGAGGUUUAAUGGAUCGAGUUUCUGUUUUUUCUUUUUUUUUCUCUCACACAAUCAUCACAUCAUUAAUUUAAAUAAAUAUUAAAAAUUUAUCAGAUUAAGUCACCUGUCACUGUCUCGCCGUCGCUACGGAAACGCAACUUGCACUAAAGCGUGUAGCAGAGUUACACAACGACUAGUGCCUGUGUGGUGUCACAUACACACUCCCUUCACUUUCACACUACUGAGCACAUCUCCCCACAAGUGUGUGUGUGUGUGUGUGUGUGUGUGUGCGCGCGCUUUUAAAUGAGACGUAAGGCUCUUUACUGCAGGCACUGAGAUAAAGAAUUGGACAGAACUCAAGUGUGUGUGUGUGUGUGUGUGUGAGAGAGAGAGAGGUCGAAUAAGGUCAAGAGGGAGCUCUCUAAAUAAUCGACGUGUGUGUGUGUGUGUGUGUGUGUGUUGUUGAUGGAAUACGAAUCUUUUAUUUUCAAGUGUACUUACAUGUGAACAGAAUCACACCGAAUAAACUGACGUGUAAUUUGUGUGUGUGUGUAUCAGAUAAUGAAGUAACAUUAGUGGUAUUAUUAAUGCACAGGGGGUCGAGCCGGACCCGUCUAGACGCCGUCUGGUCCGUCAGUGAUUUUCUCGCGGUGUUGAAGGGAAACUCCAGGCUUUAAUGCGUUUCUGGUCUCUUUGUUUUUUUUUUCUUUUGUUUGAAGUUACUCACACUGACUUUUUGCUUCGACACGAACACUUAAUAAUUUUUUAUGUCCUUUCAUCUUUACUUUGAAUUGCAGUAGAGUUAUUUGUUAAUGUUUUUAAUUAUAACUGUUAUUUUCAUGUAAUGUUUUUGUUUUUCGAAUGAUUUUCCUCGUAAUUUUUCUAGCUGUAAAUUGUUGUAUAUCUGCCCCUGUCUGUUUUUUUUUUUUUUUUUUCUUUUCCUUGUCUUGUCUUUUUUUUUUUUUUUAGGGUCUCUUUUGAUCUCUGCUGUGAUGGAAUAGACCAAGUGUAGAAAUGCUGCAGGAUGGAAUAAAAUCUGAUUGGGGGAAAAACACACACAA